AAACAACCACCCCCCCCAAAAAAAAAACAAGAAAAAAUAAAUAGAUGAUGAAACAACAACAACCAGAAAACAACCCCCAAAAAAUUCAAACAGAAUUAAAUGAAGAAGAAAAACUCUGGAACUGCGUGAAAAAAGAAAUGUGUAUGACUUUUGUUUUUAAUUAAAAUCGUAUCUUUUGACUUAAAAAUCUUGAUUAGCUCCAAGAUUAUUAAAUUAAUCUCAAAAGCAUCUCAGUAUACACAUUAGCGGGGGCGUGCGUUCUCCACGCUCCUUCUGACUUUGCCAAUUGAUUGUAAUUUAACUGUGAUUAGACCUGUCGAUCUACAAUCUAAUCCGAUUUCUUACCAGUGUAUAAAUUAAUGAUAAACCCUCUGAUGCUUUUAUAUAUUGACGUUCACAGUCAUGUAGAUCAUUGCUACAAUAGAUAUCGGGAAGACAUGUAUAGCUUUGAAUUGUCGUGUAAUGAAAUGGUGAAAACGAAAAGGAAAUCGUAUGCUACAUUCCAACAUGAUUUUCCAAUAAAAAAGUCAUAAAAAAAUCAGGAGUGUUUUGUAGGACAAUAGCACGAAAUCCCUAUACCGAAAUAGCAAUCAUGUUGAUUUCCAUAAUAACUAUGUUGACAUCCUAUUUGCCAAUUCUGCCAACUGCGUUCAAGAAGUUAGUCCAGGUCAUAGUUAGUUAUGAUUCAUCUUGCUGAAUGGCAAGCACGGAGAGGUCUAGGUGAUUAUCCGGAACAUUCAUCCGCAUCGGGUUCCGUUAAUAUUACACUUCUCGAGUAGAUAUAGCAACGCAUUGAACGAGAAAAUGUCAAUGAUUGUUUAUUAUACCAUUUAAUAAUUCAAAACAUUGUAACCAACUACUAGAGCAUGUAAAACAAUACCUGAUCGACCACUUUUGUUUACAGCUAACGUGCAAGACCUAGUCAAGAGUGGUUAGAUACGCAAGUUUUCACUGGACGACCAAAAAUUUAUAACCAAUCAUAUCAAUUUAGGAAUUCCCUUAUUUUUGAUCCGAUAUUGGAAAAACCAAAUGUUAAAUUCAACUCGAAGGGACUCGAAAACUCCAGACUAUGUUAUUGUUCGUAACAGCUUGGACCCUGACAAUCAAGAAGAAGGUGAACUGGAAUUAGAGGAAGCUCUGGCAAUGGAGGUGAAACACAUAAUCAUUGAGCCAUUCAGACUAGGAACCGAAACUGCGGCAUGGAUAAAAAUUGGAAAUUUUCUUCAUAAAGCCUCCGUUGUCAGUGGGGCUGUUUCAUUAUCUGCUGGGUACUUUCAACGAGAUCUGAUCUCUCUUCCUUUUGCUGUGGCCAGCGUUCUGACAUCAGGAAUGUACGCAUUGUCUUGGGCAAGUGAUCCAUGUUGUAAAUAUCAAAUUGAGAUGGACAUUAGGAAAGUGGAAGAUUUGCCAUUACAAACCUUAUCAUCAACAACAGCAGUGGUACUUGUUCGAAAAGAUGACAGUCGACGAAAAUACUUGCAGAACAUUGUGUCCAUCUCAGCCAUAGUUCUGUGUGUUUGUAAACUCUACAAUUUCCAUUUCUCAUCAAUUUACAAUCGUUAAUCACAUUUCUCUUAUGAUUAUUUCAGAAUUAAAGUGUUUGGACAGUUGAA